GCUAAAUAUGUAAUACACUUUAUAAUUAAAAUAUGAUGUGGUACUAGUGUACUACGAUCUAUUAAUUACUAAUGCGACUAUUAGUGUCGGUUUGGAUUGAAAUUAAUUGUUUGAUAAAAUCUAUGGAAACUGGAAAGUAUUUUUGAUAUGAAAAGUGGUAGUGUGAAAAUGCAAUGAAAAAAAAAAAAAAAAAAAACUCCAUGAAUUGUAUUAUCUUAAAAACGUAAAGCCAAACACCAAUCUUUAUACAAUUUCAUUUAAAUCGCUUUUUUUCUCCACAAUAUCACAAUGCCAAAUGGUAAAUUGGUAAUAUGUAGUGCAUCUUACUAUUUUCUAUUAUGAAAUUUGAAAGUUGGACCCACUGUUUUGGGAGGGAAGUGAAUGCAAAAAUUAAGUUAUUUUUAGUUCGGCUCAAUGAGGCAAUUUCCCACCUUAGCCUUCUUGAGCAUAACAAUAAUUAAGAGGAGGUUAUCAAUAUGGAAAAUUGAGGGAGUAAAUAUAUUUAUCUCCUUUUAAGGGUUUACUGUAGUAAUUCUAAUUUCUUAUCAUUUGUUUGUAUAAAUCUGAAGUGUCUGCUUUUGAAAUCAUAGGCAACAAAAGCAAUUCAAGCCAUAGUCAUCAAAAAUCGGAAAGCAAAUUUCAACUUUGAAGAAUUUUCUGUAGUUUUUCCAAAGAUGUCUAAUCUUAGAUUGCUAAUAAUUGAGGGGCAGCACAUCUCAAUUGCUCUCAAUCAUUUUCCUAAUGGCCUGAGACAUCUUUCAUGGGACUACUGUUCUUUAAAAUGUUUGCCAUCUAGUUUCCAACCAAAGGAACUUGUUGAACUUGAAUUGUCGUCUAGCAAGUUGAAAUAUCUUUGGGAAGGAGCAAAGAGUUUAGGAAAGUUAAAGUCCAUCAAUCUUGCCUAUUCUGAAAACCUUAUUAGGACACCUGACUUUUCAGGGCUUCCGAGACUUGAGAUACUAGACCUUGCUUUUUGCUAUUAUUUAGUUGAGUUACACCCAUCUAUUGGACAACUCAGCAAGCUUAAAAGUUUAAAUCUCCAUUUCUGCGAAUCUCUUACCAAUCUUCCCAGCUUGUCAGCUAAAAUGGAGUCCCUUACGUCUAUUGAUCUUUCUAAUUGCUCAAAAAUGAAGAAGAUUCCAGAAUUUAAGGGAACUAUGAAAAGCCUAUCGGAACUUAUUUUGGGUUGGACUGCUAUUGAGGAACUACCACCCUCAUCAAUCGAGUGUUUAACUGCCCUUGAAAAUCUAGAUCUAAAUGGCUGCAAUUAUCUCAAAUGCCUUCCAAGCAACAUGGAUAGUUUGAGGUCUCUUAAAUUUCUCAGUCUUUCCGGAUGCUCAAAACUUGACCUGCCAGAGAACUUACGGAAAAUAAAGUGUUUGGAAAGACUUGAUUUGGGAGGGAUUUCUCAACUUGAAGAAAUAGAACUUAAUGGUAUAGGCUGCUUGUCCUCGUUAAAAUAUUUAUCACUAAGUUCAAACAAUUUUGUCACCCUGCCUGCAAUCGUCAGUCAACUUUCAAAACUUGAAGCUCUUGAUUUGAGCCGCUGCGAGAAGCUUCGAUCAGUGUCAGAGCUUCCAUCAACCAUGAGAUAUAUAAAUAUGGAAAGGUGUUGUUCCCUAGAACCAUCAUCGGCACUGCUUAGACAAAGCAGAAUGUCACGACUGUAUUAUACUCAUCAUCACAAGUAUGAUGAGUGCUAUGGUUUAGUGGCAUUAACAGUGUUGAAUCGUUACCUACAGGGACUCUUUUGUCAAAAAACUGGAUAUGAAACUGCUACCAAGAGAAAAGAGGAUGGAUCUAAAACUGAAUUUCAGAUCAUUAUUCCUAGAUUUUUCUUUCCAGAGUGGUUAACUCAUCAAAGUUUUGGGAACUCAAUAACCGUAGCGUUGUCUCGAAAUUGGUGUAAUAGUAGGUGGAUGGGAUUCAUUCUCUGUGCUGAUUUUUCUAUAGGUUACUAUUCUAGUUUUAGAGAUUGUGGUUUUAGAGCUUGUGGUUAUAGAGCUUGUGUUAAAGCCAUUGGUGGUAUGCCUCACAGUCAAUAUGUCUCUAAAUUUCAUUUUGGGACAUGUAGUAGGGACCACGUUUGGUUAUUGUAUUUGUCUCGUGAUGAUUGGUUUAGUACUGUUGGGAACGGUGAAUGCAGUCAGAUUGAGGUUGUAUUUGAAAACGACUCUGGUUCAAGCCUUCAUAGUACAAUGAAUCAUGUGGGGAAGUGUGGGGUCAAAUUGGUAUACGAGCAAGACAUGGGACUGAUGGAAAAGUUUUUUGCUUUCGCACAGUGUAUCUUCAAAGAUUUCAACCAGAAACUAAUUACUGUUCGCGAUUGGUGGAUCCAUAGUAUGGUAAAUCGCUAG